AUGUCUGAAGAAAAGAGAGAUUUACUAGCUGAGUCAGUAGACGGCAGUGAUAACGUUCUGGAUAAUACCGAUGCAGACAACACCGUUCCAGAAGGUGUUACAUCUAAAGUGGAAGAUACCACUGAAGAGGUAGCAGAUGAAAAUGAUAAGGAUGAUACUAACGUAGGUGAAGGUGGUAUUGUUCUUAAGGAUGAGGUUCAAGAUGAAAGUGCGGAAGAAAAAAAAGUUGAAAGUGGCUCAAAUGGGAUGAAAGUAUUAGCCCCUGAACCAGUCUCACUGGAUGACAUUGAACCAGAAAGUCCAUCUACUGUUGUACCAAGCAACGAUGCAACUCGCAAAGAAGGUGAUGGUAAAGAUAACGAUGAUGAUGAUGAUGAGGUACCACCUUUACCAACAAGACAAAAGCCAAAGGUUAAGGAAAGUGCACCAAAGGAGAACCCUCUAUUGAAACAGUUAAAAGAUGCGUUCCCAACUAUCGAGGAAAAAUAUAUUAAAGCUGUUGUGAUUGCCUCAAAGGGGGCAAUGGAUCCUGCAUUUAAUGCAUUGUUAUAUUUAUCUGAUCCAGAGGCAAAUGCCGAUUUUACAUUACCUUCAAAACAACCUUCUCCAUCUCCAGGUUUAGCCUCUAGAAAGAAACUGACUCAAUUGGAACAAGAUGAACUAUUAGCUAAGCAAUUGAAUGAUCAAUAUAAUAAUAGCUAUAAGAGACACUCACAACAACGGAAGGCUUCUACUACUACAACUACGUCUAGAAGUGGUAAAGGAGACAAUACUAUCGAUGAUAUGGAUGAACCUAUUCCAUUUGAUUCUACUAAUGGUCGUUCCAGACAACUGCAUGAGGAAAGAUUGAGUGAAAGGAGAAGACGUUUGAGAGAGAAUGGUGAGUUUAAUCCUGAUACUUAUCAAGAUGAUGAUAGUUGGGGUCAAUUUGUCGAAAACGACUUACCUGAGAUAACUGCCAGGGCCAAUAAGUCGUUGCAAGAUACUGCUUCAAGAGUUGGUAAUUGGUUCAACAGGAAUUUUGGUGCAGAGAAUCAACCACAGCAACAACAGCAACAACAGCAACAACAGCAACAACAGCAACAAGGAAACAAUGGACUUGGUUAUAAUGAUGCUCAAAUGAGAGAACAAGAAGAUGCAUUCAGAUACUAUGAGAGUCAACGUAACAAACAAACAAAUGCUAAUACGGGAUAUUCUCGUACAGAAGCCAAUAAAACAACAACCAAUGAUUCACAAGCUGAGAGACCUCGAUUCAAUUCAUUUGGUGCACGUAUUGGUGAGGAUUCUCUUGAGAGUCAUGGUAUUUCCUUAACGAAUGAUGAAUUCUCAGAUGAUGAAGAUGUUCCACCACAAUUACCAAGUAGAGAACGUAGUAGAGAAGGUAAUGAAGGAAACAAUAAUAGUAAUAAUGGGGCAGAUCCAGAUGCGUCAAUGGUAACUAAUGAUAGUCAACGUGUUGUUUCACAAACCACAUACAUCGAUACACCUGACAAGACUCCAAAGAAGAAAUGGCAGCCUGUUUCAUCUGAACCAAUUGAUGCUACGCCUACUAAAAUAAAUGCCGUUUCUAAUAAAGCAACAGAUUCAGACACAGACGACUUCAUGAUAAAAAGUGAUGACGAGUAA